AUGAAAAAGAAGAAGAUCCGGGUAAUAAUGAAUCCAGUAAAAAGGCACAUCCAGACAGUGGAGGCUCUGGGCUCCUCUGCAACUCUGGGUUUCCCUCCAAAAACUAAAGGAAGCAAGAAGCCUGCUAAAGACAGAGCCGUGGAGACUCAUAGAGCCAACCUGGGGCAACCUUUUCAGUCCCGUCAGUUUGAAACACCCGUGCAGCACAUCAAUCAAUGCAUCACCAACUGGGCGUGUGUGGGCUGGAGCUGCGAGUCCCAGACUCUGGAGGUCCGGUUGGGGGAAGACGUCACUCUGACGUGCUCCAACAUUUCUGCAUCUUCAACUCUCGUAGACUGGUUCAGAGUGGCCAAAGGAACUCAGCCCAGCUGUGUCUCUUCUAUGUUUGAUUCCCACUAUGAAGCUUCACUCUGUGAUGGAUUUCAAAGCGGAAAAUUUAAUAUGAGCUCCAACAUCAGCACUAUUUUUCUGCAAAUCAAAGGAGUGGAUUUCUCUGAUUCUGGGCUGUAUUUCUGUGGAGUCUACAAAAACGGUCAUACGGUCCUGGGCAGCGCAAUAGAAUUAAUAGUUAAAGAAAAAGCUGAUGGAGUUGAAGACUUGAUGAGUGUGAUCCUGGGAGCUCUGAGUGUUUUCCUGACUGUGGUGGUCGUUGUUCUGGCUGUAAGAAUCAGGAGACUUCAGACGGGUUGGGUCUCUGUGUCGGUGUCAGAGUUUCACACUGUGGAGGUCCAGCCUGGUGAAGAGGUCACUCUGCUGUGCUCCAAUCUGACCAAAUUUAUUACUCACAUAUACUGGUUCAAACUGGCCGACAGACUUAAUGCCAGCUGCAUCUCGUAUAUGGUCAGUUCUGACUCCAAUGCUUCACUUUGUGCUGGAUAUAAACAUGAUCAAUUCAAAAUGACCUCCAACAUCACAAAGCUUUUUCUGAAUAUCAAACAAGUGGAUUUCUCCGACUCUGGACUUUAUUUCUGUGGAUUUUACAGAGAUGGACACUCUGUCUUUUUCAGUGCAACACAUUUACAGGUUCAAGAUGCGUGUAACGGGUUAACAAAUCAACUGAUCAUCAUCCUGGGAGGUGGAACUAUUUUAAUCAUAACAGUCAUCAUCUGUCUGGUUGUCAUAAUCAGGACAUUUCAUACAGGUUGGGUGUCUGUGUCGGUGUCAGAGUUUCACACCGUGGAGGUCCAGCCUGGUGAAGAGGUCACACUGCUGUGCUCCAACUUUAGUAGGUGGGUCAGGCACAUAUUUUGGUUCAAAAUGGCCAUCGAACCCAAGGCCAGCUGCAUCUCAUCCAUGAGCUAUUCUGACUCCAAUGCUUCACUUUGUGAUGGAUAUGAAAACGGUCAAUUCACAAUGACCUCCAACACUACAAACCUUUUUCUGAACAUCAAACAAGUGGAUUUCUCCGACUCUGGACUUUAUUUCUGUGGAUACAAAAAAGAUGGACACCCAGUCAUUUUCAGUGCGACACAUUUACAGGUUCAAGAUGCAUGUAACGGGUUGACAAAUCAGCUGAUCAUCACCCUGGGAGGUGGAAUUAUUUUUCUUGUAAUAGCCAUCAUCUGUCUGGUUACAUCCUCUGAUGUACUGAACUAUACAGCAGUGAAUUUCUGUCAAGAAUCCAGAGGGAACAGAAGAUCAGCAGAUGACAGAGAGCUGGAGACUCAUGUGGUGUAUGCUGCCACCAGACACUCACAUCAAUAG